UCUCCCAGUUGCCCAGCAGGACAGUUGGGUUUUGGCUUCUCAAGCAACUCUAUCACACCACAGAGUCAAACCAGCCGCCAUGAGCAAGUCCUAUUCCUCCUCGGCCCAGACGGCCUCCUCAUACCGCCGCACCUUUGGUUCUGGAGUUGGUUCAACCCCCAUGUCUUCCCUCUUCUCCACUCACGGAGGUGGCCGCAGCUCAGGCUCGAGUAAGUCUACUCGAGUCUAUGAGGUGAAGAGCAGUGGCAUUCCCUCCUUUUCCAGCUACAGGGUCUCAUCGGGGGGCGCCGGCCUGGGCGCCUCCAAAGCCAUGCGCUCCUACGGCGAGAAACUCGACUUCAACCUGGCCGACGCCAUGAACCAAGACUUCCUCAGCACAAGGACCAACGAGAAGGCCGAGCUUCAGCAUCUCAACGACCGCUUUGCCAGCUACAUUGAGAAGGUCCGUUUCCUGGAGCAGCAGAACGCGGCGCUGACCGUGGAGAUCGAGCACCUGAAGGGCCGCGAGGGACCCGGCCGCGUGGCCGAGAUGUACGAGGAGGAAAUGAGGGAGCUGAGGAGGCAGAUAGAAGCUGCGUCCAACCAGCGCGCCCGUGUGGAGGUGGAGAGAGACAACCUGGCUGACGACCUGCAGAAGCUGAAGCUCAGACUACAGGAGGAGAUUCACCAGAAGGAAGAAGCCGAGAACAACUUGUCUGCCUUCAGAGCCGACGUGGACAACGCUACUCUGGCCAGGCUGGACCUGGAGAGACGCAUUGAAAGUCUGCAAGAAGAAAUUGCAUUCCUCAAGAAGAUACACGAGGAGGAGAUCCGUGAGCUGCAGAGCCAGAUGCAGGACACGCAGGUGCAGAUCCAGAUGGACAUGUCCAAACCCGACUUGACUGCCGCUCUGAGGGACAUCCGCAUGCAGUACGAGGGUAUCGCAGCCAAGAACAUCUCAGAGGCCGAGGACUGGUACAAGUCUAAGGUCACGGAUCUGAACUCGGCCGUCUCAAAGAACAACGAUGCCCUGCGUCAAGCCAAACAGGACAGCAUGGAGUACAGACACCAGAUCCAGUCCUACACCUGUGAGAUUGACUCACUCAAGGGAACAAACGAGUCUCUGCUGCGCCAGAUGAGGGACAUGGAGGACCGCAUGGGUCACGAGGCUUCCGGAUACCAGGACACCAUUACCCGUCUGGAAGAGGACAUUGCCAAGAUGAAGGACGACAUGGCCCGUCACCUGAGGGAGUACCAGGACCUGCUCAAUGUGAAGAUGGCUCUGGACAUUGAGAUCGCCACCUACCGCAAGCUGCUGGAGGGCGAGGAGGGCAGGAUCACCACCGCCGGUCAGGUCCAGUCUGCCUACUCUUCCAUUGGAUUCAGAGAGACCAGCCCUGAAUUUCAGCCUCAGCGCUCCUCUGAGACCCACUCAAAGAAGACCGUACUCAUUAAGACCAUCGAGACCCGCGAUGGCGAGGUGGUCAGCGAGUCCACGCAGCACCAGCAGGACAUCAUGUGAGCGGCAGCAUCUUGACGUUGUCUACCAUGGCGGUGAAGGAGGGUUAUUAGCCUGCAGGGAAGCUAGCACGCCACAGUUAGCAUGUGGAGCGGCGAGGGGCGGUAUGGCGGGAAAGUGAAACAGGAAGUGAGUCGUGUGACCUUGGGAAGAGUGUGAGAUUGUCUGCUUCGCCCAAAUAAACAUUUGUUACCACCACUCUUCUGCCAAC